GUUGCGAAAAUACGAUGGAUGUUUCUGACGAGCCCAUCCCUCAAGUAGUCAAGAACUCAGAAAAGAUGAGACGUCCCAAAUCCUCUCGCCCAUCCAUAUACCACACUCCCAGCAGCGACCACUUCCUACAUCCAGCUACGAUUCCAACUCUUGAACUUCAAAAAUGUAUAUCGCAUCGUUCAACUCCCAGCCACAUUCACCUUCGCCAAUCUACACACACUCAUCCAGUACAUGUUCGGCUGGAGCAACUCGCACUUGCACCGCGCAGAGGUCGUUUCGUAUGUCAUCAUGCAUGACUCGAACGGCGAGAUGGCUGGCAUGAUGAAGAGAUGGGGUCGCAAGCCAAUGUUAGGGGAGUUUUUGGGAGGUGAGGAGGAGGAUUUCGGGGACAGGAUAUCGUGGAAGUUUGAAAGGGACGAUAAACCUAUAUAUCAUGUCGAUCCAUAUGGCGUGCGCCCCGAAGGUUUUGGCGAGUACUACGCGAAGGCGAUCAAGGACUCCCAUCUGAAGUUGGGUGAAAUAUGGACCAGGGAUUGUAUGAAUAAUGCAUCACUCGGGGAGUCUCCAAACGGUGAUAUUGGCAUUAUCUACGAGUAUGACCUUGGAGACUCUUGGACUGUGCAUAUCUCAUGCGAUCCAAAGGAAUUGUUCUUCGAUAGUAGGACACCAAUUAAUGUUCCCAUCAUCAAACAAGCCCAGGGGGCGCCUCCUAUCGAACACGCUCCAGACUUUGUCUACGGGGAAGAAGACGCCAACGACAAGACGGUCUCUGACCGCAUUUUCGUACGGGAGAACUUCCAGCUCUAUUGCGAGGGCAAGCUUAUGUCUUGCGCUCGAAGGACCGAACUGGCCAUCUAUACACCAGAGGAGGAAGCGGAACGUCAGAAGCGACUACAGCGUCAACGCGAGGAAAGGAUGGAGGUCGAUUCUGACGAAGAAAAUUAUGACGACGACGAUUCCGAAGAUUCAGGUGAAUGGUACUGAAGAGUCCUUCAGGGACCUUCACGAACCUGAAUCAUGUGCUGGAUUGAAUCACGAUAUUGAUGCUUACGAUAACACAGAAACAUACACUAUGUAGCUUCAUUUUGAUGCUAAAGUCCCAUCUCGAUGACAC